ACUUCGAAAGUGCCAUGUAUUAUUCCUAAAUUUUGUCAUAAAAAGCAUAAAUAAUAUAACCUAUUUAAAAAAAUAAUUACACAUGCUAGGCAUAUAAAAGUCAAAAGAAAUAGUAAAUGUGACGGUAAUAACGUGGAUUUAAAUCGAAUUUCCCGCUUUUUAGUGUACAGCUCUUAGAAGGUAACAGGUACAUAUGUCAUAUUGUAUGAAUAUGUAGUAUGUAAAAGUUCAUAUCUUAAUUUGCUAUUACUGCUUGCGACGUAAAUAAUUUAGUAAUUACAAUGUGCAAAGCGAAUAUGGAACAUGAAUUGGGGAUGCCCAGCUUACAUUCGCUCGUCGUACGACGAGCUCCACUAAUGGAUAUGGGUACUGCCACCAGCUCUGUGACAUCUGUAAAUCCUUCUAAUAAAAUCACUACUAAUCAAAAGAAAGUUGAUAAGUCCAAUAAACUUACUGGAGUCAGAUUACCUUUGUUACGCAAGGAAGCAAGCGUUGUAAAUCUUUCAUUAACAGAAAGAGCUGCAUUGGGAAAAGGAGUGGAUGCGCCAUUACUCAGACCUGAAAGUAGUGCAAGUUUAGAAGCACGUGGUAACAGUUGGUUAAGUUUGGGUCCUGGAGUAUUAAGAAAAUGUGAAACUGCUGUUGGUUUAAGCACUUCUGCCCUAGAAGGUCGACCUAUAAAUCGAAGUCGAGUUUGUUCUCGCUGUUCAAGUUUGUUAUCAUUGGCAUCUAGCUCACGUUAUAGUUUAGCCGCAGGCAAUUUUGUUCCUGCAGGUUCUCAACAAACGCUUGGACGCCUUUUCUGUAAAUUAUGCCUUGUUGAUACUUCUAUUUCCAAAACAUUUAAAAUAGAGGGCUGUGGUUGUUCCUAUUGUAAAGAUUGUAUGAAAGCAUAUGUUGAAUUUGAAAUUGAGGAAGGUGCAUACGAAAUUAGUUGUCCUGAUGCACAAUGUGAACAUGGGGCAAUAUUAUCUAUGAAGGAAAUAUCAAGUCUUGUUAGUCCUGAACUUGUGGAAAAACAUCAUAAAUUUCGCUUGAAUAGAGAUGUAUCCAUGGAUAAAGCACGUGCUUGGUGCCCACGAGCAGGUUGUGAAACAAUAUGUUCAAUAAAUGCCACUGGAUCAAAUGGAACUCCUAUUGGACCUGUUCAUUGUCCUAAUUGCUCUACAGAUUUUUGUUCUAUAUGUAGAGAAUCUUGGCAUAAUGGUCCUUGUUCAGAUCUAUCAUUAGGUAUACCAUUUGAUGGUGACCAUAUCAAGUGCUGUCCUAUGUGUUCUGUACCUAUUGAAAAGGAUGAAGGAUGUGCUCAAAUGAUGUGUAAAAGAUGUAAACAUGUUUUUUGUUGGUACUGUUUGACUUCUUUAGAUGACGACUUUUUACUGAGACAUUACGACAAAGGACCAUGUAAAAAUAAAUUGGGUCAUUCACGUGCAUCAGUCAUUUGGCAUAGAACACAAGUUAUUGGAAUUUUUGCUGGAUUUGGUUUACUCUUACUUGUUGCAUCGCCAUUGCUUUUACUGGCUGCCCCAUGUAUCGUAUGCUGUAAAUGUCGUGUAUGUGGUUCGUCUAGACUUGAACAGGAGGAAGGUGAUACUACAACAUAAGAAAACCAAGAGUUACAAUAUUCCUAUAAUUUUUCUUCAGUAUGGUAAACAUUUAGAGUAUUCAAUAUGAGCAAGUAAUUGGUGAUUUAUAUAGAUAUACAUUGAACUUAGAACAUCACAUGUUCUUGUGUAUUGCAACGAAUAGGAUGAAAGAUGUAAUAUCUCUAUUUCAAACACAUCAUUCUGUAAAAUCUCUUAAUGUAAAGUACGCUUGUAAAAUAGUUUUAUCAUACAAACUUAAUAUUUUAUUUUGUUUUUAAUGAUCUUUAAGGAUCUUAUUUGUAAUCAAACAAAAUCUUGACUGUGUUAAUGCAUUAUUGAAAAUUUUUAAAGUACCCACACAUUUGUACAUAUUAAUAGCGUUUUAAAGUAAAAAAUUUACGUUUACUAAAAGCUACUUAAUAUCCAAUUGCUACUUGAUUGUUAUUUAGGGUUUGAAAAAUAAGGUACAUUUCUUUUCCUGUUGUGUCUGAUAUUCAUAACUUAAACGUAUAUAACAUACCGGAUUAUAAAUACUCAUAACUUCUGUUUAUGACAUUCCAAGAAAUUGCAGUUGCAUUGCAUUGGUUUAACUGUUGUAACCAAAAUUGUGUUAUCUUUUGUAAAUUAUAUAUCAAGUAUUUACUUAAAGAUUCUUGUACAUGUACGUGAUUUAUUGCCUGCAUAUUUAUGCAAUAUUCUUUAACAAUACUCAACAUUCUUUCCAUAUGUUUGUAAUAUUCUUUUUUUUUUAACACCUAACAUAAAAAUUCAUAAAUGAAUAUUUAUGCAUAUAAUAUCCAAUAAACAAUGUAUAUCUAUAUGUACGUUUGUUCUGAAUUUAGCAAAAUUGAGACACUUUACUAAAAUAUAAAUUAUUGAUUAUAACGCGUAAUAUCUUAUUUAUAAGCGCUACUUUUGUCUAGAAUUUAUUCAGUGUAUCUUAUUAUUGAGAUAUAUGGAAAGUUACGUGGUUCAUAAGUUCUAUCAUUUUAUUCUAUUUGUGAAGAAAAUUUUAACUUACAACAUUUGUAAAUUUCGUUACAAAAUACGUAUAUAGUUAAUAAUAUUUACUAUUAAUAAUGUCAUAAAUACGAUUUCUUAAUGUAAAGAAAUAUUAUUCAUGUCUUAAUUGAUUGUUUGAAUCUAUAAUAAACUGUAGAUCAUAAUAAUGAAAGCAGCAUGUUAUAAUGCAUCAAAAAUAAAAUUAGACUGUUAUAAAGUGUAAAGUGAUAAAUUAUUCAAUUUCUGACGGUAAUUGCGUUUCAUGUUUGCCGACAUAUUUGUUUCUAGUUAUAAAUAAAGCGAUUUUUCUUCAUUUAAUGCGUACACACGUACAGAAUGUAUACGUUGAACAUAAUAUAUUAUCGCUUGCAAUAAAAUAAAAAAUAAUAUAUACAUAUAUAAAUUGAAUAAAACAUUUAAGUUUCGGAAUAAACAGUCUAACUAGUAUUACUAACUAAAGCCAUGCGCGAAUGCGCAAGUAUCUACAGACGUGUAAAUAUAUAUUUAUACGUAUAUAUAUAUACACGAUAUUUAUCUUAUAUAUGUACAUUAUGUACGUGUAAAUAUAUGUAUUUGUUUGUGGUGCAAUUUUGCAUAGAAGUCAUUUUAAAAUGAAUAUUAAUAUAAAAUGCAAUGAAUUUUAACUAUUAUAAUAUGAUUAAGAUGUCAAGUCAUUUGCAAUUAAUUAGUUGUAAAUUAUUACAUUAAUAAUAGAAUGACAUAUAAGUAAUCGAUGUUAAAGAAAUCCUUUUUCCGUCAUGAUCUUCUUAUAUUAUAAUUGUGUUUGUAUUCGUUCUGUAAUACUUUUUUAGUGUAUUGAGGUGUUUCUUUAUUAUUUCAUGACCGUGGAAUAUUUAGUAUGUGUUUUAACAUAUUUAUUUGAUAACUAAAAAAGUAUAGACAGGAAACAAUUGAAAUUUGUACGAACGUGUAUAUAAAUUCUACAUUAUUUUUGUACAGAUUAUUUCAUAUUUUUUGAUUGAUAAAUUUGUUUUACUUGAUAUUAUUAUUUUAUAAAUUAUUUAUACAGUUCUACUCUGAGUUGAGGUACUAAAUAUUACAUUUAUUAAGUAUAUGUAAAUAAAGAAAAAAAAUCUACUUACUCGAGGGGAUAAAUGACAAACAAUAAUAACUCGUUUACCUUUAGCCAUUUAAUAAAGUUAUUGCAA